AUGGCGCCUCUUGUUCCGUCGCAGGAGGAGCUGCAGCGUCGCCGUAUCAUCGGCAUCAAUGCAGAGACUGUUACCAACAUCCCCUCCACAGACUUCCCUGGCCAUUGGCCCGGAGAAUCGCACGGAUGGGCUCUUGAUCAGUUCAAGAAUGACUUCAAGGUCGAAUACCACCGCAAUGACCCGUACGAGGCCUCAUUCUCGUUGAUUGGACUCGAUGCUGCCGUCGCCAAUGCAUUCCGCCGUAUUUUGAUGGCCGAAAUCCCUACCCUGGCUAUUGAAACCGUCUACGUUCACAACAACACCUCUGUCAUCCAAGAUGAGGUUCUUGCGCAGCGUCUCGGACUCAUCCCGCUCACGGGCUCUGUGGAGGGAAUCAAUUGGAUGCACUGGGAGCAGAAGCCCCCCGGAGACGACGGAUCCGCGCCCCCCGAGCUCACUGACUUCAACACCGUCGUGAUGCAACUUGAUGUCGAGUGCACCCUAAACACCGAUGUUGCCGACGAUGAGACGGAUCCCCGCAAGCUUUACAACAACGCUCACGUUUAUGCUAAGCAUCUCACCUUCACCCCUGUGGGUCGUCAGGAUCAGUUCUUUGUUGGUGACGGUGCAAUCCGCGCUGUUCAGCCCGAUAUCCUCAUCGCCAAGAUGCGCCCCGGUCAAAAAAUUGAGAUGGAGUUGCACUGUGUUAAGGGUAUUGGUGCCGACCACGCCAAAUUCUCCCCCGUCGCAACUGCGACCUACCGUCUCAUGCCGGACAUCCAGAUUCUGCGCCCCAUUAUUGGCGAGGAUGCGAAGAAGUUCGCCAAGUGCUUCCCCAAGGGCGUCAUUGGCCUUGAGACCAUUACUUCCGCGGAGGCUUCGCGUGCUGGAAGCGGAUAUGAGGGACGAGCUGGUGAGCAGAAGGCUAUUGUGGAGAAUGCUUUCAACGAUACCGUCAGCCGAGAGUGUCUGCGUCACGAAGAAUUCCAGGGCAAGGUCAAGCUGGGACGUAUCCGGGAUCACUUUAUCUUCAAUGUGGAGAGCUCUGGCCAGUUCGAGAGUGAUACUCUUUUCCUGGAAUCCGUCAAGGUUUUGAAGUUGAAAUGCGCUCGUUGGAAGCGCGGUUUGAAUGAUCUGAUGGCAUAA